AUGGCGAUCAAGGACGCGUGGGUGUACAAGGCGACUUGUCGCCUGUUGCGUAGCUUCCUCAAAUUCGCCCCCGACGUCACGCUCAAUGCAAAUGAGACGCACCCACACCUUUCCGACUAUAUCCACGCUGUCGAGCAUGCCGUUGAGGACACAAACUUUGUGCGCGAGCACCCGGGCAGCUUCUUCAAGACUUGCGUCGCGUUGAGCGUGGCGCUCGUGUUGUGCUACAUCAUCUUCCACGUGUUGCUGUCGAUUCACCGCUUCUUCAUGGUGAAGGUGACGGGACGUAGAAGGACGCCGCUGAUCCUUUGCCCGGGUGACAUGCUGCCGACUGUGGAAGCCGACAGUCUGCAGGCGAACCGAAAGCCGAAUGUGGUGAAGCGGAUGAAUGAGCCGGUCGAUGUUUGUCUCUUUUAUACGAAGCCAAAUCAAGGACAAGUAACGCCCAAAGUUCUGUCUCCCCCAAAACCCGUCGAGCCGAAAGUCGAGCAGCCCCCACCGCACCAUGUCGCCAUUUCGGAGACGCUCGUUGAGGAAAAGAAACCGCAGACGCAGCUCGUCUCGCCCAACAACUCGCCACAGGACAUCUCGCUGGUCAAGGCGGUCAAGCGGGAGAGUCUCCUCAACAUGCGCAUCCUCAACUCGACUGAUGACCCGAACAAGCAGCUUGGACGCCACGACAGUGAGCGUGGGGUUGAGGUGCCCGAUCCGACGGUCAAGUCAUCCCCUCGGAGCGUGACCACCUGCCGGGCCAUCUCCCCCGCCAACAGCACAUUCACCACCGUCAGCUCGUGCUCCCUCGAAUCACAGUCCGUCUCCCUCCCGCCGGCCUCUAGCAAUCCUCCGCUGUCGCAUCUGACGAUUUCCUCUGGCACACCCUCGUCCGGCCAAACGACCAUGCCAUCCGAUUCUUCUGCCUCUGUCAAGGCCCCGUCGGUGGCCGGUGAUGCUCAACAACUGACCGGGAGCACCAGCGCCAGCAUUUCGAGCGCCAGUCUGGCCUCGUCAAACGCCUCCAACUCGACCCAAUCGCUGUUGGCCAACUUUACCGACGCGGUCAACCCGAAGGCCGACAGAUCGUUUGGCGGCUGUGAUGGGUCUUUCGAGGAAAACACGGCCAACUCCAGCAACCUGCCCCGCCUUGAUGGUGGCAAGGAAAAGGAUAUUGCCAGCUCGCCUGGCGAGUCCACCACCACCAAGGAGCCAUCGAAGGAGAAGAAAGCCAACGCGAAGCUCAAGAAAAAGCCAAUCGACGUCAACGCCCGGGCCAUGGCCAUGAUGCAGAUGUGGCCGUCUUCGACCCUGGUGGCCGGCUGUGUUCACUGCCAGAAUCAGCCGCUCUACCCGGUCACCUUCCGCUGGCAUGACCUCAGCCCGAAAUCGGUGUUCAUCUCGGGUUCCUUCGUCAACUGGGAGCUGAAGAUCCCGCUGCGCCGCGACCGCUACGGAUGGGUGGUCGAGAUUCAGCUUCCCAAGGGCCACUUCGAAUACAGGUUCCUCGUCGACCGUCAGUGGGCCAUUGACGAGAAGCGUCAGCAAGUGCUCCUCACCCGCUCCGGCCAAUUGAACCACGUCGUCCACGUG